UUGGAAGGAAUCAUGCCGUCCAGUUAGGGGAUUUCUUCUCCCACUGCUUUCCUGGGAUUUUCUCUUGCAUGUUCUCGGUGGCCAACUCCUCGGUGUCAACCCAAGGGCAGGCAAUUCUGGCCGUAAGUCAAGCUCAUCAUUCAACUUUUGUGAUUACACGAAAUUUAAGGGUGGACUUGUGGAGUGGCAAAAAUGAAUUUCUAAUACAUUUUUAUGUGUCAUCAUAGUGCCAGUUAUAAGAGAAUGAUCUUUUUAUUUACUGUGGACUCUAGGCUUAGUAAUUCUUUGGUGAGAAAAUAAAAAAAGUGAAACCAAGUUACACAAUGUAGUAUGGUAUAUGAGGGACUGCGUUCAAGCCGUGUUUAAGGAAAUAGUAGAACAAGAAUUCACAGCUUGAAAUGAAAAGACAAGACAAUCACACAGCAUGUUUUGGCUUUCAAAGACUUAUUGUCGGAAGCUGUAUUUAGGUAGUGUUAAUGUACUUAACAUUGAUGCAAAAUUUGAGUUUCUGAUUCUUUAUUUUUCUUGUUUUUUCUACUGAAGAAGGCGUCUAUCCAAAAUGUCCUUUAAUUGUCCUGUCUUUUGAUUUAAAGCCUUAACAUAUCUUGUCCUACAACUUUUUACAUAUUGUUAAAAGUGUGUAAUGUAAGAAUGGCAUCAGAGUGGCAGAGAUUGCUCACCUGGUUAAUUCAGCUGGUGUGUCAAAACACGCUAAAUUUGACAAGUCUACCUCAUUUUCAAAGUUUUAACCAGUUAAUUUUUUUUUAAGUUUUACUUCAAAAAAUGUAUGAUGCAUCAUCCUAAUGUCUCCAAAUAUAUACACAUUUUUUUUUAAUUGUUUUUUUUUGUUGGUUUUAUUUGAUUUUCUAAAUGUAAAAUAAUUUCUAAAUUUUUUUUUUUACCUUAAAAGCAAUAAAUAAUUAAUAAAAUUAAUAAUUUUUCACUCAAUAAACAAAUUUGCUUGCAGCAAUUUGUUGAUCAGAACUUAAUUUAAAGGCCUUAAAAUUCAAACAUCCUUUAUAUGAAAGCAAUGAUUGUUUCUUUAUUCUUUAUCUGCCUAAGAAAUCCCUAGCAGUGUGCAGUCAGCUUGUAACUUUGACACUGUCUGAUGGUUUGCUUGCAUGCUCACAAGACCAGCAGCUAAGAAGAAAAUCAGACGGCAUAGGUAUAAUAAGUUUUUACUUUCUAGUGAGACAUUGGUGUCUUUUUGAGUGGAACAGUUUCAGUGAGACAUAAAUUUGCUCUAUAAGAAGAAUCGUUUUAAACAAAUUAUUUUCUCUACUAGUGGGAAAGUUUUAGUGAGAUUGCCUUCUAUUUUUGGCUGGGAUAGGUUUUCCAAAUUAGCUCCAAUUUAUAUAGUUAUUUUGCUGGAUUACAAAAAAAUCCAUUGAUGCAUUGGUUUAUAACAACAACAUUGAAAAUUUUAAUUUUUUUUUAAUUUGCAUAAGUAUAAAUAAUUUUGCAUUGACAUUUGGGGUCAAUUCAUACAUAGAAAAUUAUGUGUUUUGUAUCAGAGAUAUUAUAUUAUAGUAGAGACUGUCCUCACUUUGCCUGAAAGAAUAUUCAGAACAAAUUAUAUUGAAGAACAGAACCAGACAAUAAUAAUGAUGUUUAAGCUAUAUGCAUUCUCCCCUUGAUAAAACAAGAUAAAACAAUAGAGGUAGAAAAAAAUAGAGACUCAGCUCAAAAAACCAAUCUAGUAUGUGAUUGAAGCUGAUCAUGUUAUAGCGUAUGUAAAAGCUUGUGACUGAACAGAGGUUAUAAAAUAAUGUCCUUGUUUAUCAGUCACCGAAUGUUGCCCAGAUCUUGCUUGACUUUCAACCUGUUUUAUUGGAAAUUUUAUUUUGAAAUUUUUUAAUUCUCUUUUUUCCAAUGAGAGCCCCAUGGUGACUUGCCAAAAGCCCUCAAAGAAGUCUACUGUGAGAGAAAUCAAGCCUGGGUCAGUCGUGUGGUCACCAAUGCAAGUCCAAUGCUGAGGAGUUUUUGCAACCUGGCCUCCCACAGCCACUGGAGAGUGAGACUGGCUGUAGUGGAGUUUGCUGAGAACAUCCUUAUGUCAUGCAGCAGGUGAACUUAAAUGGGCCAGAUCAUUGUUGAAUCUACUUUAUUAAUUAAUUUUUUUAAAGAUAAGAUAAGAUUCUUUUGUUGAUCCAAACAAAUGGAAAUGUUUUUUGAUUGCAUUGUACAUUUUCAGCAAAUAAAUAAAACAAUUUGAACACAAGAGAUCUACAUUAAAUUAUUUCACUAGUGAAAAAAACAGCCAUUCAGUGAAUUCUCUUAGCCAUAUAAGAAACUUAUUAGUUCUCAUUAAGAUUUGUGACUUCAGGAGGAGCUUGCUGGUAAAUACGUACAGAUUGGGGAAAAAAGAAUUUUUAUAUCUUUAAGUCCUUGGCCUGAGAGAAAGAAUUCGCCAUAAAGGGUCGAUCCUAAGUAUCUGUAGUUUAAAUGCUUUCUUUAAAAAAUAAUAUAACUUGUAUGAUAUUGGUGGAGUUAAACAUUUAUUUAGCAGUUUUAAAUCUAUUCUUUGCUUAUGGCACAUUAAAACUCAUUAAUAAGAUUAUAUGAUACUAUUCAAGUAUUUAAAAAAAAUAUAUACUGCUUGAGUGAUGAAUAGUAUCCAAGUAGAUUAUUAUUUUAGACCUAAAAGAGCAGGGCUUUUUAGAUCCAGAGGCUAUCUUACUUUCUUAGUUUCUUGAUGUAGUGACCCAAACACCUAUUUUACAUUGUGACACUCCUAUGAACCUUUCUGUGUGUUUGCAACACACCAGUCUUAGACAAGGGUGGUUCAUUUUUUUUUUAAAGAUGUUACUAUGUAACAUCUCUAUUAGAAGCCCUUUUUAUAAAUAAUUUGGGGGUUCAAUUUUUUAUUUCUGUGGUUUCCCGGCAGCUCUCUUUCCUGCUGUGUUCCACACUUUUUGGAAGCUUUAGUCGGACUAAUCCAUGAUUCAUAUGAAGGUGUUGCAAAGAAAGCAGUUGCUGCCCUUCAGGCAUUUAAAUCAUCUCAGGCAGACACUCAAGGGGAGAGAACUCUGCUGCAUAUUCUUGAGGACAAUCUAUACGACUUGGCUACUGUGCUCCCAAGGCAGAUGAAGUUUUAUGGUAGGUCCACAUCUUGUAUUGGACGGAUAAGGUGCUAGGCCUAGAAGGAGCUUUAAAUAUCUGUGGGCACAAAGGCAAAAAUACUAUAUUUUCAAUCCCUUUAAAUACAAAUCACCUGAAGUAUCAAAUCUUGUGUUUGUUGAGCUCAUUGUGUAAUGUUUGAGGUGUUAACUAAAUGCAUCCUGCCAAGCUUCAAUUUAUUGUAAAAACUAACAUCAGAGCCUGGAUAGAAAUUAAAAAGUUCAUGGCAAUCCUUUUUUUUUUUUUUAGAGAGACUUAAGAAAACUGACUAAUAAAACCAUCAAGUUUGCCACAUAGAGACAAAAAUAAAAUCACAAACCCAGUUAAUUUGUCACAAAUCAACAACUGUAUAUUUAUUGUAAAAACUAACAUCAGAGCCUGGAUAGAAAUUAAAAAGUUCAUGGCAAUCCUUUUUUUUUUUUUUUAGAGAGACUUAAGAAAACUGACUAAUAAAACCAUCAAGUUUGCCACAUAGAGACAAAAAUAACAUCACAAACCCAGUUAAUUUGUCACAAAUCAACAACUGUAUAUUCAGCAAUAUCCAACAAUGUCCUGUCAUGAUGAUGCAUAUUGUAGAUUCCCUGGUGAAAUAUUCAUUGUAACAGUGCUGAGGAAAUUUGAAAAUCAGUCAAUGCUUUGCCAUACAUGACUCCAAGGCCUUAAUGUUACAGUUGAUCCACACAAAAAAACUUAAAGCCUGGACUGUGUACGUGCGUUUUAUUCACUUUAAAUUUAACAAAAAUUGUGUGGUCCAUUCAAACAAUUUCUGUUAAUUUUUCUGCACUUACCUUAGGGAACAGGCAUUUUACCAAUUAUUUUUUUCAAGAAAGUCUAUGAAGAUAGUUUGUUUUGUUUUUUAUUUUGUAUUUGUAAUCCAUAUGUUAAUUUAACAGGAAUAUUUUUUAAAACCAUUUUUUGUGUACUCUUUUUGUCAGAUGAAGAUAAAAAACCUCAUUUGAUCAAACUCUUGCUUGGGUACAUCUCACUCCUAGGUUUGUGAAUUUUUUAUUUCUAAAAGCUAACUCUGCCAUAAUACAGGAGCUUCAAGUUAAUUUAUAAUUUAUAGACACAUAUUAUUGAUGUGAACAGCAAGUAAGGUGAAGCUUUAUUAAAAUAAAUAAGAAAUUUUAAAAAUUAAUUUAGAACAUUGAUUUGCUGGGUUCAAAAAAAAAAAAGAAAAAAAAAAGUUCAGUGUAACUCAAAGUAACAAAAAUGAUAAAACAAUAUUAUGUUGAGAAGAAAAAUAACUCCAUAUUUUUAUGUUAUUUUUUUGUUUGUUUUAAGAUGUGGUAUUUUUUAAACAAAUAGCACGUGGAUACCCUGGUUUUCACACAUAUUUGUAUUUAAAUUAUAAAUAAAAUUGGAUCUAAUCCUUCCUGUUUAGUGGAAAUGAUAAUUUAAAUAAAGCUUGUUCAAUCCAACUCUAUAUCUCUUUGUUUUAUUUGUCUGUAGGCCCCAGUAUUUCAGGAUUUGUGAGUUCAGCUCCACACAUCAAGCGGGUUUGCUUAGUGUUGAUUCAAAUUCUGGAACUGGAUGUUACAAAUGUGAAUAUAUUGGAGGAGAGGGGAUCACUGCUUCAUUCAGGUAAUAAAUAGCUCUAGACUAUUAACUAUAGAACCUCUAAUAGAGCUAUACAUGACCCAUAACAAGGGUAGAGAGCAGCGGUUCUCAACCUGUGGGUCGCGACCCCUUUCACAGGGGUCGCCAAAGACCACCGGAAAACACAUAUGGUCUACAGUUAUGAAGUAGCAACGAAAAUAAUUUUGUGGUUGGUGGUCGCCACAACAUGAGGAACUGUAUGAAAGGGUCGCGGCAUGAGGAAGGUUGAGAACCACUGGUAUAGAACAACUACUUCACCUUUGCUUUGCUCAGCUGCAGUUUAGUUAACUAAAAUGAAUUUUUUUGUUGUUGUGAUAAUAUAAUUUGAAAAGUGAUCAACUAAGCAAACUGAAGCUAACAGACUAAAAUGGUUUUUGUUUCAGAGCCAGAAGUUUUUACUGAACCAAAUUCUACAAAAAUUUGGAGACCAAGAAAAUAUUUCAGACAUUUUAGAGAAGAAGCCAUUUUUUCUGAAUUGAUGAAUGUUUGCCGGCAGCUGGGGAAAUUUGGUGAU